AGUGACGUCCCGACCCGUGUCCCGCAAGAUGGCCUCGUUCGUGCGACUGGGGAUUGUGCUGCUAUUAGCUGUCAACAUGGUCCAUGGUGUUCCCAGGGAGAACUUCAAGACCUGUGAACAGAGCAGCUUCUGCAGGCGAUGCCGCAAAGUCGAGCCUGGGAAAACUGCUUACGAGCUGCUGCCCAACACGGUAGCUCACAAUGAAUCAACGCUGUACAUUGAACUUUAUAAUAAAGACACCGGAGUCCACUACAACGUAGAGCUUACCGCUCUAAAGGGAAACUUGUUCAGGCUCCUUAUCAAUGAGAAGAAUCCUCUGCACCCAAGGUACCAGGUGGAAUAUGCCUUGCAAGAUCAUCCGCAGCUUGCCAAGUUAGACUUGGUUGAGAAGACAGCCACCCACAUCACUGUGGCCAAUGGAGCCAACAAGGCUAUUCUAUUUGUCAGUCCUUUCAAGAUUGAUCUGUACUCUGGAGAUCACUUGAUUAUAUCCACCAAUGCUCGUGGUCUCAUGAGAUUUGAGCACAUGCGUACCAAGCCUGAACCAAAACAAGAACAUCCGGAACAACCAGAUCCAGAGCAUGUAGAGAAAGCACCAGAGCCUGCAACUCCAGAGUUCCCUGGUGAUGGAGCAGAGAAUGAUCCUGGUGCAUGGGAGGAGAAUUUCAAGAGCCACCAUGACUCCAAGCCUUUUGGACCUGAAGCUGUUGCCCUGGAUUUCAGCUUCCCUGGAGCUGAACAUGCCUAUGGUAUUCCGGAACAUGCAGAUUCCUUUGCCUUGAGGUCAACCAAGAGCUCUGAACCCUACAGGCUUUACAAUCUCGACGUUUUCGAGUAUGAAGUAAAUGAAAGAAUGUCACUCUAUGGUGCUGUACCUGUACUUUACGCACAUGGAAAGGAAAAAACUUCUGGAGUUUUCUGGCUCAAUGCUGCUGAAACUUGGGUAGACAUUCUCUCCAAGGCAGAUAAUAACGUCGUCGAGAGCAUCGUCAACUUUGUAUCCGGCUCAGCAAAGAAGCCCCAGGUAGAUGCGCACUUUAUGUCCGAGUCCGGUGUCAUCGACGUCUUCUUCCUGCUCGGACCCGAACCCAUGGACGUCUUUACGCAGUACACUAAGCUCACUGGCACGGCUCAUCUGCCACCCAUUUUCUCACUGGCUUACCACCAGUCUCGUUGGAACUACAACGACCAGGAGGAUGUGCAGCAGAUCGCCGAUAACUUUGACAAGUACGACUUGCCGAUGGAUGUAAUGUGGCUUGACAUUGAGUACACUGACAGCAAAAAAUACUUCACCUGGGACAAGAGAAAGUUCCCGAACCCACUAGAGAUGAUUAAGAAUCUUACCACCAAAGGACGUAAACUUGUAGUCAUUAUCGAUCCACAUAUCAAGCGUGACAGCAACUAUUUCCUACACAAUGAAGCUACCAACAAUGGCUACUACGUAAAGCACAGGGACGGCAAAGAUUACGAAGGUUGGUGUUGGCCUGGUGCCUCGUCGUACCUCGACUUCUUCGAUCCUAAGGUACGCGAUUACUAUGGCAGCUUAUACGACUUGAGCAAGUUCGAGGGUACGACGAAUGACGUACACAUCUGGAACGAUAUGAACGAGCCAUCAGUAUUUAACGGACCCGAGGUGACGAUGCCCAAGGAUCUGGUGCACUAUGGUGGUUGGGAGCAUCGAGAUGUCCAUAACAUCAAUGGUCUUGUCUACACCAUGGCUACCUAUGACGCUCUUUUCAAGCGUUCAGGUGGCACCCUCAGACCCUUCAUCCUCUCGAGGUCAUUCUUUGCUGGAUCGCAGAGAUUCGCUGCUGUUUGGACUGGCGACAACACCGCAGAAUGGUCUCACCUUCAGGCGUCCUACCCUAUGUGCCUGUCGCUCUCCAUCUCGGGUAUAUCCUUCUGCGGUGCUGAUGUAGGUGGCUUCUUUAAGAAUCCAGAUUCAGAACUAUUUGUAAGAUGGUACCAAGCUGGAGCCUGGUUGCCGUUCUUCCGUCAACAUUCUCACAUUGAGACGAAACGUCGCGAGCCCUGGACCUUCAACGACGAAGUAAUCAAUAUUGUACGCGAAUCACUGAGGUUGCGUUACUCGUAUCUGCCUCUCUGGUACACAUUGUUCCGCGAACACGAGAUCAAUGGCACACCUGUGCUCAGGCCGAUCUGGGCUCACUAUCCUGCUGAGUCCGAUUCCUUCGCUAUUGAAGACCAGAUUCUCGUUGGUGAUUCCAUCCUCGUCAAGCCCGUUUUUGAACCGUCCGUCACCGAAGUCUCUGUAUACUUCCCCGGUGAGGGCAAAGUUGCUUGGUACGACAUCGACACGUUGCAGAAGUAUGGUGAUGUAAGCAAGCUAAGUAUUCCGGUAACGCUGCACAGGAUUCCCGUAUUCCAGCGAGAGGGUUCAAUAGUGCCACGUAAAAUGCGCAUCAGGCGCAGCACCGUUGCUAUGAAGAACGAUCCCUACACGUUGGUGGUAAUAGCCGAUACUCAAGGUCAGGCUAAAGGCAACCUUUACAUCGAUGACGAGGCCAGCUUCGAGUACAGGCAUGGCAAGUACCUUUACCUCAGGCUGAAACUCGAAGGCAAGAAGCUUACCUCGACCCUGCUCCAAAAACUUGCUGCAUACAGUACUAAGAGCUGGCUCGAGCGCGUUGACAUUGUCAAUCCGCCAAAGGGCAUCACCAAGGCAGUCCUACAUUCCAAGGCUCAAGGUAAAAUUGACUUGGAAGCCAAGUACAAUCCUAACAACCACGUUUUGACGGUACGUAAACCAGGUGUAAAUAUGGGCGAGGAAUGGACCAUCGAAUUGAUCGCCUAAGGGUAAGAUUUCUGAAAGAAACAGAGGAGGGCAAUAUGUUUUAGAAGAAUAUCUUCAAUACACAUUCACACAGGAGAAUGCUCUUUUUUGAUGAUGUAGCAAAUCGUGCAACGUUUUUUCAUCUGUGAUCAGUAUAAAAUAUUGUAAUGAAUAAUGACAAAAUGUUGUAUAGAGUUCUUUGUAGAUAUAUAACAGGAUAAUGCAAGCAAUGAUGAUAAUGCCUGUAAAACUCAGAUAAUACACAGCUCAUCGAGUCUUUAUCUCGGGAUACUCAAAUUUUUACAAGUAGCACAGAAGCACAGUUAGUCUACUAUUAUCUUUUACGUAAAUUGAGUGAGUUUGCAUUUUUAUAUAAGUAUAUGCAUAUGCACGUCAGUGUGGACUCACAGGCUGCAAGUGUGCGCUAGUUUAUUCAUAUAGGCGAAAGCGUUAUUGUUUUCUCAUGUAAACGACGAUUGAAUUUUUUUCUUUUAUUGUCUUCGAAAAAACGGGGCAGUGAAGAUAAUCGACGUGGUCGAAGCAAUGUUUGUAAUUUAUAAUGGAGAUGUCGAAGACCAAUUAAAUAUACGUUUUACGUUGUAAUAAAA